AUGAAAUCCACCACCAGCCGGAAGGGACAAACGUCCAUCACUCACUUGAUGAACUUCUCACUUCCACCUCGCCCGCAAUACCAAGCACCUCCUCGCAACAUUCGACGGUAUACAUCUUGGGGAGCGGGUGCAGUAGACAAAUCGCGUUAUGUUCAUGCGAAUUACCGGUUUAUUGUGAUGCCAAAUCAAAAUUUCCAUGCUCAGGCAGCCAAUGCCGAUGUUCAUAUCGACUGGGCCUCAGUCCUCCAAGUGCUGGUGUCUGCUCAAACGCAGGCUGCUAGUUGUCCCAUUUGUCUUUCUACUCCGGUUGCGCCGCGGAUGGCACGGUGUGGUCACAUAUUCUGCCUCCCAUGUCUUAUCCGAUACAUGCACUCAUCCGACGACGAUAACACGGUCCCUGAAAAACGGCACCGUUGGAAGAAAUGUCCUAUCUGCUGGGACUCCGUGUAUAUCUCCGAGACUCGACCUGUCAGGUGGUUCCGUGGCCAAGAAGGCGAUCUUCCCGUCGAAGGCGGUGAUGUUGUGUUGAGACUUGUAAAGCGAGAGCCGGGCAGUACCCUUGCUCUGCCUCGUGAUGGAUCUAAGACACUUGGUCCAGGCGAGGAUGUUCCGUGGUAUCAUGUGGCAGAAGUUGCCGACUAUGCUCGAAUCAUGAAAGGUGGCGAAGAAUAUAUGACCGCUCAGUAUGAUGCCGAGAUCGAAGACCUCCGCAGACAGGAAGUCGAAGACGAGCUUCUCUUUGGUGAUGAGAAUACUUGGACCCGAAAAGCAAUUGGUUCUAUCAUGGAUGCCAAAGAGAAGCUGAAAGGCAUUGGCAAUCCGCCUGAGGUCCGGCCAGUUAAGGAACGCACUAUUGCACCUACGCCAUCCAGUAGCUCUUCUGCACACUCUACCGUGACGUCGGCUACAUCAGAUGAACCGGAUCAUCUCUCUAAAACCCUAGAUGAAGUCCAUCUUGAUCCUGCAUCCAGUGUCAAUGCUAAAGAGAAAGGCCGCAGCAAGCAAACGCCAGUGUCUUCCGGGCUAGAUCAACCAUAUCAUUUUUAUCAGGCCUUGCCUCAGUUCUACCUCUCAUCCUUGGAUAUCCGCAUCCUCAAGGCUGCAUUUGGAGAAUAUUCUCUGUUCCCUGCAACUAUCCUACCGCGAGUGGAGCAUAUAUCAACAGGCCACAUUGUGGAUGACGAGCUUCGAAAGCGGGUGAAGUACCUCGGGCAUCUUCCGCAGGGAUGUGAGGUUAGCUUCCUGGAGUGCGACUGGAGAGAUGUGGUUGUCCCCGAAAUUUUGGGGCGUUUCCGCGCAGAGACUGAUAGACGGCGAAAGCGUAACCGGGAAAAAGAAGCCCGGGAAGAAAAGGAUCGCAUUCGCGCAGAGAAGGAGGAGGACGACAAACGGUGGGCUGCUGCUCGGCGCAAGCGGCCAAGCAUUGGAAGUGCUAGCGUUAGUGAAGCUCCAUUCUCUGCUCAUGACUUCCAACCACUUCCUCACAACGUGGAUCCUACAUUAUUUGACGCCACCGCCUCCUCGGCCUCUCCUCCACCCUCGUCGUCUGGAUUCGGGGCAUUGGCUUCUCCUUCCACCAGUCCCCCAGGUAUCCGCACUGUUUGGGGCACAACGGCAGUGGGCUCACUGUCACCAAGCCUUGAAGCUCAACGAGUUGUACACAGUGACGGGUGGCGGCAGGGCUGGGAGGAUGAGCUCUUCGCCCAGCAAGAAUCUGAUCUUCUCGCUCAGACCGCAUCUGGAGACCAAAAUCCAGAUCCUGGGCCAUCUUCCAGUGGGGGUAAGAAAAAGAAAAAAAACAAAACCAAGAUCACCUUGAUGGCCACUAGCAGCCAGAGAGGGGCAUAG